CCCCCUUUUCGCGGCCAGCAGCCUCGAGUCGCCAUGACCUCCGUUCUCGACACCGCGACCAUUGGCAAGCCUAAGAGGGCCCGCAGACACGUUCGAACGUUGACGGGUUACCUCCCUGAGAAGGAUGCCUCUGGCAAGGAAAAGUGGCCCCGUGGCGACGAGGCGACAUGGAAGGAUGGUCUUAGAUCUCUCGACACCGGCGUUCCGUCGAUCACCAAGUCGAUCGUCAACCACGUCCAGACCUCCCUCGCUCGUCAGCCGCACGAGCUCGAUAACCUCGGUGCAUACCAGGCUACCGCGCUCUCCGUUCGAGACAACCUGAUCAUCAACUGGAACGACACCCAGCUUCACUACACCCGCAAAGCCGGCAAACGCGCAUACUACCUCUCCCUCGAGUUCCUCAUGGGUCGUGCCCUGGACAACGCCGUCUUGAACCUCGGUCUCAAAGGCGCCUACUCCGAAGGCACCUCCAAGCUCGGCUUCUCGCUCGAGGACCUCCUUGACCAGGAACGCGACGCCGGGCUCGGCAACGGCGGCCUCGGCCGGCUCGCCGCGUGCUACCUCGACUCGUCCGCGUCGCAGGAGCUCCCGAUGUGGGGGUAUGGCCUGAGGUACCAGUACGGUAUCUUCCAGCAGGUCAUCUCGCAGGACGGGCAGCAGCUCGAGGCACCCGAUCCGUGGCUGCAGAACUCGAACCCGUGGGAGCUCCCGCGCACGGACGUGACCUACGAGAUCAGGUUCUACGGCCGUGCGGAGAGGCUCAAUGAUGGCAGUGGCCGGGCGACAUGGAGUGGGGGCCAGGAGGUGUUGGCGGUUGCGUAUGAUGUGAUGAUUCCUGGGUGCGAUACGCGGAACACGAACAAUUUGAGGUUGUGGGAGAGUAAGCCGAAGAGGGGCUUUGAUUUGAACAGCUUUAAUGCUGGUGACUACGAGCGCGCCAUCGAGUCCUCGAACAGCGCGGCUGCCAUUACCUCCGUCCUGUACCCCAAUGACCACACCACCUUCGGCAAAGAGCUCCGCCUGAAGCAGCAAUACUUCUGGACCGCCGCCAGUCUCGCGGACAUCAUGCGCCGCUUCAAAAACCUCGACAAGGACAUAUCCGAGUUCCCCGAGUAUGUCGCCAUCCAGCUGAACGACACCCACCCGACGCUCGCGAUCCCCGAGCUCAUGCGCAUCCUCAUCGACGAGGAAGAGCUCGCGUGGGACAAGGCGUGGAAGAUCGUCACGGACACGUUCUUCUUCACGAACCACACCGUGCUCCCCGAGGCGCUCGAGAAGUGGCCCGUCCCGCUCAUGGAGCACCUUCUCCCGCGGCACAUGCAGAUCAUCUUUGAUAUCAACUUGUUCUGGUUACAAUCUGUGGAGCGCAAGUUCCCCGGCGACAGGGACCGCCUCGGGCGCAUGUCGCUCAUCGAGGAAGGCUUCCCGCAGCAGGUACAGAUGGCGUUCCUCGCCUGCAUCGGCUCGCGAAAGAUCAACGGUGUCGCCGAGCUCCACAGCGAGCUCGUCCGCACGACGAUUUUGAAGGACUUUGUGGACUACUUUGGUGUGAGCAAAUUCAGCAACGUUACCAACGGAAUCACACCGCGCCGCUGGCUCGACCAAUGCAACCCGGGCCUCUCCGCGCUGAUCAGCAAGACGCUCGAGGUGCCCAAGGGCGUGUGGCUCAAGGACCUGUACAAGCUCGAGGGCCUGCUGCCCUUCGCGGAGGACGCGGCGUUCCGCGCGGAGUGGGCCGCGGUCAAGCAGGCGAACAAGAAGCGCCUGGCUGCGUAUGUCCAGACUACCCUCGGCUUGACGGUCAAGACGGAUGCGAUGUUUGAUGUGCAGAUUAAGCGGCUGCAUGAGUACAAGCGUCAAACGCUCAACAUCCUCGGUGUCAUUCAUCGUUAUCUUACUCUCAAGAGUAUGACGCCCGCGGAGCGCAAGAAAGUGACACCCCGUAAUGUCUUUUUCGCUGGCAAGGCUGCCCCUGGCUACUACAUCGCCAAGCUUACGAUCCGCUUGAUCGUGAACGCCGCGCGCGUGAUCAACUCCGACCCAGACACGAAGGAGUACCUCAACCUCUUCUUCCUGCCCGACUACUCCGUCACCCUCGCCGAGGUGCUCAUCCCCGCGUCCGACAUCAGCCAGCACAUCUCCACCGCGGGCACCGAGGCGUCCGGCACGUCCAACAUGAAGUUCUGCCUCAACGGCGGGCUGCUCCUCGGCACCGUCGACGGCGCCAAUAUCGAAAUCGCGGAGGAGGUCGGGGAAUCCAACGUCUUCUUUUUCGGGCACCUCACACCGGCGGUCGAGGACCUGCGCUAUCAGCACGUGUACCACCCCGUGCCCGUCGAAGAGAAGUCGCCCGCGCUCGCGCACGUUCUCAACCAGGUCUCGGCGGGUCUCUUCGGCGAUGGCGGCGUGUAUGAGCCGCUCCUUAACACGAUCAGACAGGGCGACUACUACCUCCUGACAGACGACUUUGACUCUUACGUCAACGCGCUCAAGAUGGUCGACGAGGCGUACGAAGACCGUGAGGAAUGGCUCAAGAAGUCCAUCCGCACCACCGCCAAGAUGGGCAAGUUCAGCUCCGACCGCGCUAUCCAGGACUACGCGCAGGAGUACUGGAACAUUGAGAGCACCAAGGUUGAGAGCACCAAGGUUGAAGGCGCCAAGGCCGAGGUCACCAAAGUCGAAAAGGAGGCCGGUCCUAAACUUACUCCUUCCGCAGCUCCGGACUACGCUCAAGAGUACAAAAACGUUAGCCCGGUGACCGUACCUUCGGAGUUGGAGACUUCUGUCUAGAUCCUGAAACAUCGAGAACUCCAUCGGGAUAGCAGGUUGAUCUCAAGAACUGAUUCCUUUCGCGGGCAGCAUGAGCAAGUCAAGGCAAAAACUGUAGAGAUAAACGGAUACUGUAACCUGUAAACUAGCUAAAGCUUAACUUGGUAUAACGAAACGAGUGGGUGCCGCAGAGUCCUUUGAACAGACAGUGACCAAACUGUGGAGCGGGAGUGGAACUGGAUAUUCCGUAUCAUGAAAAAGAAGGGUAUCAAGAUUGUGGGUGGAUGGGAUUUCCCUGCAAGUUGGUAGAGCGGAGCAUAAAUGAAGUAAAAUUAUGUCACCCUAAUGACGAGUAUGGGACGAGAAGUGGAUGAAAUGAAAAUACGAGGAACGGGUGCGCAUGCGAGGAAAGGACGUCGGAACGUGCAGAUGCCGAAGAGUGGGGAAACAAAGAAUGUCGGGAUCCAUGGAACAUAAGCAGCCAUAACAAACAAAAAAUGCAAAGAAGACGAAAAUAUUAACAGAGGAGAGACAAGAUCAUGACCAAGACAGUGAUCUGCAGUGGGGUAUACUCGCGAAAUUCAGGGUGAAUUGGGCUUAUGUCGAUUUGUGAGCAGCGCUCAUACGGACUCGUCCACGGGUUCCUGGGGUUCCUCUUCAGCGUGAACACUGGAGCCAUUAGCGGUUGGCUCAGCAGCUUUCUCUUCCUCCACGACGGGGACGACAGGCUCCUCAACUGGUGCAGCAGGCUCGUCCUCUUCGACGACAGCAGCAGUGGGUUCUUCCGCGGGCGCUGCAGCUUCCUCCUCCUCGACGGUGGGGGCGGCCGGUUCUUCUUCAACGACUGGGGCAGGAGCGGGCUCUUCAACGGCGACAGGCUCCUCUUCAGCGACGGGCUCCUCUUCAACGACCGGCUCUUCGACAGCAGCAGGCUCUUCGACGGCGACAGGCUCCUCUUCAACGGUAGGCUCCUCUUCAACAGUAGGCUCCUCUUCAGCGACCGGCUCCUCUGCAACGGCAGGCUCUUCGACAGCAGCAGGCUCUUCAACGGCGAUAGGCUCCUCCACAGCCUCCACGGGCUCCUCAACAGGUGCAGCGGCAGAGGUCGCCUCAAGAUCAUCGGCCUCUUCGACAGCAGGCUCGGGAGCAGGGAUGGCUACCGCUUCCUCAACCGGCGCGGCGGGCUCUUCGACGGGAGCCUCUGCCUCUGCCUCUGCUUCGGCCUCCGGUUCCAGUUCAGGCUCGGACGCGGGCGCAGGUUCGGGUUCGGGCUCGACAGCAGCCUCGCUAGCCACACUGUCGCGGUUACUCGGCUCGGGGUCGUCCGUAAUCGUCUCAUGCGUGACGGGCUCCGCAACCGGCUCGACAGGUGCGGCAUCCACAACGGGGACAGCGGGCAGCUCGACUUCCGGCGUCUCGACGGGAGUCUCAGGUUCCUGAGCUUCGGCUUGAGGUUCUUCGGCAGGUGCGGCGGGUUCUUCAGCGGCAGACUCAGCGGCAGACUCUUCGACAGGAGCAGCAGGUUCCUCAGCGGCAGCAGCUUCAGUCUCUGAAGCAGCCUCAGCCUCGGCAACAGCAACCGGCUCGCUCGUCUCGAGCGCCACCUGGGGGCCGGGCGUCUCGCCCGCAAGCACGACGUUCUGGGGCGCAGGCGGGAGCGCCUCCGUCUCCUGCUCGACCUGGGGUUCUUCAGCGGGCCCAGCGACCGGCUCAACCUCGAGCUCCUUCUCCUUGGCAGGCGGCGUCGGCGCCUCGCUCUCCGGGAGCGGCGUGGGGAGUGCAUCCUUCUCAUCAGCGGUGGGCGCUAGGACAGCCUCUCCUGAUUCCUCCUUGGCUGCAGGAACUUCGGGAACGGGUUGUGCGUCGGCUUCGGGAACGGGCUCGGUGGCGGGCUCGGUGGCGGGCUCGGCAACAGGCGCAGCCUCAUCCUCGCUCUUCUCCUCCGGCAACGGAACAUCCUUGGGCUCCUUAGACGACGACGUCAGACGGUUCGCAGCAGCCGCAACGGCAGCCACACCAGCGCCGACAACGCUAGCAGCCGUACCCGCCACGAGCGCCGCCCCCGCCUUGCUCUCCUUGUCCUUCUUCGCCUUAUCUUUCUUCUCCGUCUUCGUAUCGACCUUGUCCUUGCUCUUGUCCUUCUCCUUGCCGUCCUUCUCACCCUCCUUGCCGUCCUGCCCCUCCUCUUCCACCUCCUCCUCAACAACCUGCCCAAACUCAUUCGUCGUCGUCCCUGUCUUGCCCUUGACACCCACACCCGCAGGACCAACACUCGCCGAACCCGGUCUCCCAAAGAACGAGAACCUCUUCGCAAACGACAUCGACGCUGCCGACCCUCUCUCCGUCCGACCCGGUCUCGGCCGCGGCCGCGCACGGGGACUCGCCGCGCGUCCUUCUUCGGCGCCUUUCUCCGUUGCCGCAGCCUCCGGCAUAGGAGGCGCAGCAGGCGGCGGCGGCGGCGGCGGAGGCACAAACGUCUCCUCCACAACGAGCCACCUCACCGGCACCCUCAUCCCCGCGCCCGCAUUCGCAUUCGCAUUCGCAUUCGCACCGGCAUUGACGUCCUGCAACGACGCAACGCUCGCAGGAUUCACCGCCGCCGGCAACGGCACAUCGAUCCCCUCGAUCGUCUGCCUCAACCCACACACCACCACCGACGGCCACGCGCCCCCAAUGCCCGCGCCAAAGCCGGCCCCGUCCGCACCACCAGCGACACCCGGCUCGCUCAGCGCGUCGCUCCAGAAAUCGACAAACGCCUCGUCGAGCGGGACAACGUCCAGCCUGGCAAUGCGCUUCGCCUGCACCGCGCGCGCGAUCGCGUCCGCCCUGCUCUGCUUCUCCAGCGAGUUCGCAGCCGCAGCCGCGGCAGCAGUGGCAACUGCCGCAGCCACCUCUUGCCUGACGGCGGCCUUGUCCCUGGACGUCUUCGACGCCUUCGACCCGCCGCUGACCUUCCUGCUCGGGAACGAGCUCGGCGGCGGCGGCGUCCCCACACCUCCUACACCCGCACCCGCACCCGCACCCAUACUCGCACCCGCAGCCCCAUCUGCAGACGACCGCCCCGACCCUCCAUACCCCGCGCCCGCACUCAUCCGCCUACCCGUCCGCGACAGCUUCCUUACAGGCGACAUACCCCCACCACCCGGCAAAUCUCUAGGCUCCGUCACCUCCACAUCCGCAUCCAUAAGCGUACUCGCAAGCGGCCCCGCGCUCGCCACACCGAACCCGCCCACCGCGAACUGCGCCCAGUCCGCGAUCGCGGGCGGCGGCGUGGUAGUAGCGGCGGUAGCAGUGGCGGUUUUGGUGCUCACGGCGGCCGUAGACCCAUUGGCGUACUUCGAGGACGCAAUAGGCGUAGCGACGCCCGUCGGACUGCCGCCCGCGGACGCAGGAAGCGGGACCCGCGCAGCAAUGGGAGACGUGGGCAUCGACCCGACACGCGCCAGCGGCGUGCCCGCGCCCCCACCGCCACCAAAGAACGACGCCUCCGAAACAGCCGACAGCGGGGACAGCGGCGCCGAUCCCGAAAGCGGCUCCGGCGCAGGAUCCGUGCGCGCAAAGAGUUGCAGCGUCUCGUCCGCAAACAUACGCUCGAGGUCGAAGUUGAUCCCCGCCUCUUCCGAACCCUGACUUCCAGAUCCGGCUUCCUCAAUCGCAGCGGCCUUGCGAAUACCCUCCCACACACCCUCAUACUCCCCCGCCGGCUCUCCCUUUGCCCUAUCAGCAGCAGCAGGAAGCCCAAGCGCC